GUGACUAUGACGUUUUUCCGGUAGUUUUCCUGUCCCCUUUCACGUCUCCGCUUCUCCCUCUGUCUCUGUGAACAGUUAAACUGUAGACAUGGCUUCGGACCACUGCUCCCUCAGCUCUUACAGUCGCUGCACCACCAAACACCUGAACCUGCACCUGAAUGUAGACUUCAUCAGGCGAGUCAUCAGCGGAAAGGUGGAGCUGACGGUGGAGGCACUGGAGGACCGUUUCUCUGCCCUGACCUUGGACACUCGAGACCUGAAAAUAAUCUCCGUCAAGACCAAUGGACAAGCCGCCCGCUUCAGUCUGGGCCCCAAACACAGCUUCAAGGGGACACCGCUGGAGAUCGUGCUGCCCUUUGACCUCUCCAGAGGGCAGCAUGUGAUUGUGGAGGUGACCUAUGAGACGUCUCCUUCGUCAACGGCUCUGCAGUGGCUUUCAGCUGAACAGACGGCCGGCAAGAAACAUCCUUACCUGUUCAGUCAGUGUCAGGCUACUCACUGCAGGAGCAUGGUCCCCUGCCAGGACACUCCUUCUAUCAAACACACCUACUACGCUCAGGUGUCCGUCCCUCAGGACCUGGUCGCUUUGAUGAGCGCUGUGAGAGAUGGACAGACAGCUGAUCCUCAAGACAGCAGCAGAAUUGUGUAUAAAUUCAGGCAAACGGUUCCCAUGCCGUCCUACCUGAUAGCCAUUGUGGUGGGAGCGUUGGAGAGCAGGGUGAUCGGCCCAAGGUCCAGAGUCUGGUCUGAGAAGGAGUUUGUGGACAAAGCGGCGUUCGAGUUUUCGGAGACUGAAACCAUGUUAAAAACCGCUGAGGAUCUCGCUGGACCCUACGUUUGGGGUCAGUACGACAUCUUGGUUCUGCCGCCGUCUUUCCCAUACGGAGGCAUGGAGAACCCCUGUCUGACCUUUGCCACGCCCACACUGCUGGCGGGGGACAAGUCUCUGUCCAACGUGAUCGCACAUGAGAUCUCCCACAGCUGGACUGGAAACCUGGUGACCAACAAGACCUGGGAGCACUUCUGGCUGAACGAGGGUCACACGGUCUACCUGGAGAGGAUGAUCGGCAGGAGUAUGGAGGGCGAACAGUUCCGACAGUUUGACGCCAUGGGCGGAUGGAAGGACCUGCAGGACUCCGUGAACACAUUCGGAGCCAACAACCCACUGACAAACCUGGUGCCCAAUCUGCAGGAGGUGGACCCCGACGACGCCUUCUCCACAGUGCCGUACGAGAAAGGCUUCACUCUGCUGUAUCACCUGGAAGAACUCCUUGGUGGUCCAGAGGUGUUCAUGGGCUUCAUAAAGGCCUACAUUCAGCUGUUUGCCUACAGCAGUGUCACCACGGAGGAGUGGAAGAAUUACCUGUUCACCUACUUCAAAGAUAAGGUGGACAUACUAAACAAGGUGGACUGGAACAGCUGGAUGUUCACACCUGGAAUGCCUCCUGUCAAACCUCAGUACGACACGACUCUGGCAGAUGCCUGCAUUUCUCUCAGCCAGAGGUGGAUAAAGGCCAAAGACCAGGACCUGAACAGCUUCUCGGAGAGCGACGUAAAGACUCUGUCGUCUCCACAGAUGAUUGAGUUUCUCUCUUUGCUGCUUCAGGAGGAUCCUCUCCCUUUGACCCAUGUGAUGAAGAUGCAGCAGGUCUACGAUCUCAACUCUUACCUGAAUUCAGAGAUUCGCUUCAGUUGGCUCAGGUUGUGUGUUCGUGCCAAGUGGGACGAUGCAGUUCCAUUGGCGUUGAAGAUGGCGACGGAGCAGGGACGGAUGAAGUUCACCAGACCGUUGUUCAGAGAAGUCUACAACUUCGAGAAGUUCCAAGAAGAAGCGGUCAGAACGUUUAUUGCUAACCGUGCGGCGAUGCAUCCGGUCACUGCUGGAUUAGUUUCUAAAGACCUGAAGGUGGACGCCAUCAUCACCACCAACCUGUGAACCCAGCACCAACACGCUUUACUGUAUCAACUCAGGAGCAAAUCGCAAAUCAAUACUUCCUUUACAGCAGCUAAUCACUUGUUUUCCUCUAGUUAUUUCUGUGAUUUAUUUUGUCUUCUGUAGGAAACAUGAUUAAUCUCAGAACAAAAAAAUGUUUUUAUCAGGUGGUGAUCAAAAAGUGUUUGAUACAAAGUCAGCAGAAAAUUUUAGUUUCUGAGUCCCAAUAUAUAUAUAUAUUAUGUAUGAUAUUAUGU